UAUUGUGUGUUGUAUGGUGUCUAUUAGGGCAAUGUUGUAUGUUGUUGUUGAAGAGAUAGGGCGCGCAGCAUAUUGUGUGUAAAACAGUGCGUUUUACCCAAGGCUAUAGAACUGUUUUACCCGUUUUACCGUCUUACCCACUGAACCAACACUGAACGUUUUGUUUUACCCAACCGUGGUUUUACCACUUAACAUAACGGAUUCGGAAGGUAGAGUUGCGCCGUUGACGAUGGUCUCUGUACGCUUCUGCUGCCGGUCGGCGGACGGGGUCGGGAAGGAGACAGUCCAGCUGCCGCCCUCGUGUCUCACCCAGCCCAUACAGGCGGUGCGCUCGACGGCCGCGCACAUGCUCGGCCUCACGCCCAGUCAGCUCGAGCUGGUGUACCGCGGCCGGCCACUGCUCGAUGACCGGCCGCUGAGCUCGUACGAACUGAGUGCCGCCAGCGUUCUACACGGCUUCCGGCGGCCGGCAGAUGCCGAUACUGCGGCGGCUGCGGCGCCCACGGAGCCUGCCGACGGCACUCAGCUGGCCUGGACGCUCCAGCGCCAUACCCAGGAUCCGGUGCGCCGACAUGCGUUCACGCAGCGUCUGGUGCGCCCGGAGACGCUGGACCGUCUGCUGGCCGCCGUGCCGGGGCUGGAGGACGACCCCAUCGCGUUAGCCCUGCUCCAGGAGCCCGGUCUGCUGCUCCAGGUCGCCAGUCCGCGCACCAACGUCAAACGUCUGGUGGCUGCCCACCCGGUGCUGGCCACCGCUGCCUCUCAGCUGGCCGCUCUGCUCGGCGAGGGCUCCUCUGGCACGGAGAGAGGCCGGCCCGGCCCGUCCGACUCGCGGGCGGCGCCCAGAGUCGCCGAGGAGCGUCCCAUGGAGCAGGGCUCAUUCGAUGACGACGACGGUGACGACGAGCCUGCGGCGGCGGCCGGCGGCGCAGCGGCACCUCCCAUCACCCGGGAGCAGCUGGCCUCGGCGCUGGCGGCCGCAGUACCCAACCUGGCUUCUGCGGCCGCCGCCGCUGCUCAGGCUUCGGGGGCUGCCGGGAGUGCUGGUGGACGACAGACCCGGGCUCCGGCUGCCGUCAGACAGCAGCCCGCUCCGGCUCCGGCUCCGGCUCCGGCUCCGGCUCCGGCUACGGUAUCUACCCCGGCCCCGGCUCCGCAGCAGCAGCAGCCGCUCGGAGUGAUCUCACCAGAGAUGGUCAGCGCCGCCCUCAGAGAGGCGAUGCGUGCACUCCCUGGAGCCCAGCGGACACCGCCGGCUGCUCAGGCUAGUCAGCCCCAGCCGCCCCCGUCUGCUGCUGCUCCCGUUCCUCAGCCGGCGGCUCCUGUGCGGGAGGAGGCCGCUCAUCAGUCACCGGCGGUGGACGAGGCGGCGGUGCGGCAGCUGCUGGAACUGGGUAUCACCGACAGCGAGGCGCUGGUCCGCCAGGCGCUGCUCGUCUCCGAGGGCAACAUCGACCACGCAGUCGAGUUCAUCUACUCCAGCCUGCAGUGACGGCGCACGAUACAAGUCAGCGAUCUCCUGAGCUUUUCUAUCGCGCGGUCGGUGAAGAGAAAGUAACGUAAAUGAAUUUGCUGAAAACAGUGGAAGUUUCUUUAUGGAGAAGUCUGGUGGUACUGAGGUAAUGCAGUGAUGUUCUUUCUCAGUUGUCUCUUGCACUCCAGUAACGUUGUGCUGCUUGUGCUAUCAAGCAGAAUGUACACAACAAUUCUACUUACGUCAUAAGGAAACACUACCUCCUAUCACUAUUGACGCUACUUUACGUCCCUUCCCUAAUGAUUAUUUAUGUUGACAAUAUACUUACCAAGUGAAAUCA